GUACCUCACCACAGUCUCAUCUAAGCCACAGCUAUGCGAGCAUCUUCCCCAUCAUAGCCGAAAAUUCCACAUUCCCGGAGUAACGCGCGGCGACGCGACGCGAAACUUUAAACUCGAAUUCGCGAAUAAUUAAACGAAAUUAUCGAACUAUAUAUUUUUUUUCUGUACUUGAAAAAUUUGGAGCAGUUGGCGGCAAAUGGUAAAGUUGUGUGAACAAUAUGAAAAUGACGUAUCGGAUCGGCACGCUGCUAGGAGACUCUGAAUAAAUUAAAAUUUAAAUAAAAACCUCAUUUUUAAAUCGGUCCUAAAAACAAAGAUGCUGGGGUGUGCUCUGAGGAGAGUUACCUCGUUUACCUCUUCCCCUACAGACAUCAGCUUCAGCUCGGCUGACGAUAGCCGGUGCAUAGAUAAGUAGAUGAUAAUAAGACAAUUUUUGCUUAAAAUUCGGCCAUAUUAUCCAAAAAUCUAAAUUCGAAAAGUAGAAAAUAGUUCGAAGAUUUUGAAACUAUACUAGUCAGAGUAGUUAAAGAAGUUUGGAUAGUGAGUUACCAAAGUAGCGUUGUUCGGUUCGGGGUGGCCACUGCGGUGGUAUGCUUUAUAUUGCAUCUUGGAUCGACUGUGCGCUGUCAGGUCGCUACGUCACGUGGCUUCCCAGCGCGCGACUGCAGUGCUGGAUGCUCCUAUCUGUAUACACGUUACCACAGCUUGCCGUCUCUGCGAAGAUAUUGUGCCUCCUGAUGGUGGUGAUCUGCGGUGCGGUGCCAUCGAUGGUCCGGUCGGUUCGCCUCUACAGCCAGUGCUCCCAUAUGUACGUCAACGUGUUUCCAAACGGUACCAUCAUGGCUCGCUCCGAUGGAAACGACCAGCCGAAUCUCACCAUCAGUACGCGCGGCUUCAGCCUCGAGCUGCUCAUCCACUCCCCCGUGCAGAACAUGUACCUCUGCUUCAACCGCUCGCGAUUAGUGGGCAGGCGAUUGACACGUUUCCAAGCGGAGAGACAACCCAACUGCCUAUUCAAAGAGGAGUUUGUGGACGGCUACAACAGAUACCACCUGGUGAAGAACGAAGACCGCUACAUAGGGUUCAACCGGCGGGGCCUGCAGAUGCGGCGUGGCAAGAGCCGCACCACGGAGCGGCAGCACAAGUGUUUCUCCUUCAUGAAGGAGGCCCACGACUUCGAUAUAAACUGGCACAACACAGUGAUCGCCGGCGACAUGCCCAAGUGGCGCCCGCAGCGUAGGCCCCGGCCGGCGCUGCAGAACUCCAUCAAGCCGCCGUGCCACGGCACGCGCCACCACCACGGCAGGCAUCAGAGGCGGAGGAACUGCGACGGCACGUAGGCCGCGCGACCUCACCGCAUUAGCAGCUCAUUUACGCUUCAACGCUUCGCGCGUUCCGUUGCCAGCUGUCGAUGGACAUUGUGAGUGGACAGAGUAUUAGUCAACUAUCGCAGUAUUAUUACAGUGACGUGGACUGGAUAGCGUUAGGUUAGCUCAGCCGCGGUGGCCGCGGCGUUUCAAACGCCGCAUGAAUGGUAGCUGAAGCGAGAGAGCAAACAUUUGAAUGGAGAAAAAAACGCCGAGCCGGGACGACGUCCGGAGCUGUGAAAUUCCAUAAGGUCGUGUAACAUCGUGGCGCUCGUUUGCUCUUGUGCCGGACUCGUGCUCUAAAAGGAAAAAAGGUUUUCUGUGGAAAGAGCAAAUAGUAGUCUCGCGGGUCACGAGUACUGGGCCGGACCACCGCUGCAGUGAGGCCGCGUCACCGCCUCGCGCCACUCGGCAUCGCGUCACCGGGCUGCAGACCUCGAGUGCUCCGGCUGGCCGCCAUCAGUGUAGCAAAACGCCUUUACGUCAAUUCUCAGUGUGUUAUUAUUUAAAACGCUUUACUAUUAAGUACGGAUCGUGUUAUCUGCUUGUAAAUAUAAUAAAAAUAAUUUGUGUUUACUUAUUUAUCAAACAAAAGUUAAUCAAAAAUUUGUAAACGUAGGUGUUAGAUGUAAAGUUGUAUUAAAAUGUUUUGUAUUUAAUUAUGGGUAUUUAAUCUAUCCGACCAACCGCUCUCUUGUGAUUAGCCACAGUCGCUAUGACCUAGUUUUCUUUACUAACUCCAUGUACUGAAACUUUUCCUUACUAAUGUUCAAUUGAAUAUAUUUUCCGGUCGAUAUGUGAAUUUGAUUGUAUGAUUUCGAGCGCUUUGUAUAUAUUAUUUUAAGAGUUUGUAUGAGAGUGAUAGGUAUUUGAAUCUCUUUUGUCGAAAUCUUCGAUUUCUGACGAUUCUUGAUGAUGUUUUGUUGAGUAAUGAAGUUGCCAGUUUUAGUGUCCGUAAGAGCUGAAACAUAGAAGUCGUCAGUAUCGAGUGUUCCGCUGUUAUCCAUAUGUUGUCACCGUAAAUACAUAUAAAGGACAUUUAUAAUCUUAAUAUUUUAAUAAGAUCUGUGCCAUAUUGUGGUGGCAGUGUAUCUAUGUGUUCGCAUUAUAAACUAGUGUCUUAAUUUUUGUCUGUAAACUUGAAGUAGAUAAAAAUAUUUACCUUAAGAAAAUAUUACAGAUUUUAUUCAACUGUGCAAUCGUCUUCAAAGGGAUCAUAUGGAACAUGACGUAAUUUUCUUAUUUAAGCAGUAUUCAAAUGUUAUUUUAGUGAAAAUGGAAAAUUUGUUGACAGCAAAUUAUCUUAAAAUGCCCACCCUAGAACAAAUGCGUAGAACACUAUAUUCCCAUUGAAAAUGAUUGCAAAGCCCAUCUAAAAAUUUAGUGAAAAUAAUAUUUGUAUCAUGUACCCGUUGUACUUUCAACUCAAAAGUAAAUAUAUCGACUAAUGUGGAACAUUAUAGGCGAGUGAGUAACCUGCAGAAUGCGAUAACGGAAUAACUAGCAAGGUUUUUCAACUUUAUACUUUAGAGAUUUUAUAUGAGUCAUUAACUUCUUAGCACCAUUUGCAAAUACACAUACAAAUACGAACAAAAUGUUGCUCACUUGUAUUAAUGUUCGACAUUCAACAAAAUUGUUGCGAAGCCGUUGUCACCAUUCAGUCAAUGUACUAAGAUAUGUUGCUUUACAUUCCACCAAUAUACUAUAAUAUAAUACAUAGAAGACAAAACCGUAAAAGACAUUAAAACAUUCCAAACAAUGUAUAAAAUAGUUUACAAAAUAUGCGCUUAAAUACAUAAUACAAUUGUUUUAAUAACUCGACACUGUCUUAUGUAUUACUGUGUCUAAUUAUAAGUAUUCAGAUGCUGAGAACGAAAUAUAAUUGCUAAGAAAAAUUACGAAAUUAAAUCAUAUUUAACUCGCA